GAUCAGGAGACGUCGUGAACUGUGGUCUUUUUAAAACUAUAGUGUUUUACAUUAAUCAUAUAUAUGUUCUGAAAGUAUUGAGUAUAAAAUUACCACACUAAAACAUAAAUUUUAAAAUGACAGUGAAGUAUUUUCUUCUCUUUGUAGCAGUAUAUGUAAAUUACUGUUUUACAUAUACGCCAGACUUGACAUGUAGACGUAAAAAUGAGCACUACGAGUGUGGCAGUGCGUGUCAAACAACUUGUGCCACGCUGGGCGAUGUGUGCCCCAUUGGAAACAAUAAAUGCGUGCACGCCUGUUACUGUGAUGAGGGAUUCGCCAGAAACGACUAUGGGACCUGUAUACCUGAACCAGAAUGUUUCAAAGCCCCAACAACGGAUAGUCCUCAACUGAGAAACUCGCAAGAUAACGACAAGCUCACUACACCUAGUAGAAAAAACGCUCGAAAACGUCGCUUAAAUUUUAUGGGGAUUACCUUCUGUUCUAAACCAUUUAAGUUUAUUAACGACGCGAACACCACUACUUUUAAGUGUAAGGAGUGUCCGGGCUUUGGAUUUUUUCUUGGGACGAAUAAGACUUAUUAA